UUUUUUUUUUCCGCCCGAUUCCUCCAAUGGGAUUUUCUCGCACCUUCUGCCGCUGACAACCCGCAUUUUGAUUGUGAAGAGUCGCUCCGUUGCUAAGGAAAACUUCAUGCUAGUUGGCGGUGCCUCUACUGUUGGCAAUGUGGGCGGCUCCUAAAGAAGCAGCGAAAUCAAAAGAUUGCCCAGCCGAGAAGUACCGUAACAAGCGAUGGGUUAAGGCAUUUGAGGCAUGUGAUGAAAACAACAAAGGAUAUUUAAGCCGAGAAGACUAUAAAGUUGCUAUAGUGAUGCUUUUUGGCUAUAAGCCCUCAAAGAUGGAAGCGGAUUCAGCUAUGGCCUCUACGAAACAAAAUCCAUUUGGAUUAUCACUUGAAGAUUUUUUAAAUCUUAUGACUACAAAGAAAGUUGCACACUUUUACCAUAGUGAAAUAAGACGGAUAUUCAUGUCUUUUGACAGACAAUGUAAAGGGUUUUUAUCUUUUGAAGAUUUCAAAAAAGCUUUCAGUAUUGUUGCGCCAAAGUUAUCAGAAAGGAUCAUUGUUGAAGCAUUCAGAUACAGUGGAUCCCAAAGGCAGCCAUUUAGACUUAUUCUAGUUAGUGGAAUAGUAAGAAUAUAAAUCAUAUUAUGUAACAUCAAUAAGCUGUAGUAAUGACAUUACAUUCAAGGAUAGUCAUCUCAUCAGCAUACAAGACACAGGAGGACAAACCCUUCAGGACAAGAUUUGGCAGUCCAUCUGCAUUUAAAAGAAAAAGGCCACUCUUGAAGAAAAGCAAAGUCCACAUUUUGGACAGAGAGGACCACUGGUUUGAAAGAAGGGUCAA